AUGGAUACGCAGGUCAUCUCCUACACGCCUCUAUCAGGCCUAAGCGAUGAGGCAAAGCACCUCGCGAAAAACGUCCCAGAAGACCAAAAUGGGGAGAUCUUCGCCAUCACCACCCAGAAAACAGUCUUUUACCCGCAGGGCGGCGGACAGCCAAGUGACACGGGACUCAUUGCUCUCCGCACCUCCGCAGCCUCAAAACCAGGCUUGAAUGCAGAAGGUGAUGGAGAGGGGAAUGCGUUCCAGGUCCUCCUCGUCCGCAAGACGCCCGACGGGGAGAUCCUCCAUUUUGGACGCUUCCCUACUACCGGUACUAGCAGCACCCAUACCCUUACCCAACAGCCAGCCCUACAACUAGCGGCCGACCAACCCGUUACCCUGCGCAUCGACGCCCAAAAACGCGACUACCACUCGCGCCUACAUACGGCAGGUCAUAUCCUUGGCCUUGCGAUGCGCCUGCUCGCUCCGGAGCUUGGGGAGCGCAAGAAGGUCAAGGCGAAUCAUUUCCCCGGGGAGGCGUGCAUGGAGUUUGAAGGGCUGCUGUAUAAUGAGCACAAGGCGCUUAUCCAGGCGAAAGUGGAUGAGCUUGUGGGCCUGGACCUUGCGGUUAAGAUUAGCUGGUGGGGCGAGGAAGAGGUUGAACGGAGGAAAGACGAGCUGGAUAUGGUGGAGGGGCGGGAGGUUGGGGGGAUGGGGAAGGUACGCAUUGCGGAGAUUGGGGAGCUCGAUGCGAAUCCUUGUGGGGGGACGCAUGUGGCUAGUACGAAGGAGACCGGGAGAAUCACGAUUCGGAAGAUUAGUAGGCAGAAGGGGGUGAGUAGGGUUUCGUAUGAAGUACCUGUUUUAUUUGGAAUAGAGGGAGAAUAG